AUGGACGUAAAGCAUGCCCGUUCGCCUGUCAUCAAGGUGAUUGUUGGUGACGACGAAGACUUUGUCGACACAGCUGAAGGACGAAUCCAACCCAAUGUCUUCUACGUCCACAAGUCAUUCCUCGUCCACCACUCGCGCUACUUCAGGACCCUCUUGGACUCUGCACUGCCUCACGACAUCACGGUCAUUCGCCUGCAGCUGCCAGAGGGGUGCGACUACGAGAUGUUUGCCUCCUGGCUCACUGUGCUGUAUGCAGACGAAGGCACCCUCAACGACCUUUCUCGUUCCGAAGAGCUUGGAGAAAUCAGAAGUCUCUUUGCGAUUGCAAGCUUCUUGGAAUCCUCGAGCUCAAAGAAUCUCUUGCUGGAUGCAAUACAGAGGCGGAAUCCCAGACGGUGGACGCUAGUGGAUCUCCAGGCGUGCAGGGAGGAUGAACUUGCCAACGAGCUGCUUUACGAUUACGUGCUUGAGUGCGUCGCCUACAGUAUUGUGGUCCCCAAGAUGGAUCCUGAUGAAUGGUCAGACCAUAUCGACGUGUACAUAUUCACCAGUACCUUUUACCAUGGAUUUUACCCUGGCCACGAAUACGGAGAUAGCGACUAUCGAUCUCAUUCCCGCGACUGCUGGGAAGACGUUGUGCAUCGAAUCGGUGAGCUCCGCGAGGAUAAGUACAAGGACAAGCUGAAGAAUCCGGGUAAGCGCAAGGACUGCAAAUGGCACGAGCACACCGAUCAGGAUCGCAUCGAAUGUCCUCGGUACAGGAACGAGUAUAACCCCCGGCGGUGA